AUGAUAAUACAAGACUAAAAAUUCGGGAAAAACAUAUAAAUCACAUAUGGUUGUUGUAUAACUUUAAAUUUAGCAGAUUAUUAAAAUUAUUAUAUAUAAUCUGAUGGUUUUUUAUAAUCCAAAUUAUCUUUAAAAAACUACUCUUAACCAUUAGGAAAUAAAUUUGUUGAUUUUAGAAACUGUGUUUUUAAAAUUUUGCCUCCAUUGGAUCAUAAUUAUGUUUAAAGUAUGUUAAAAGCUACGCAAUCAUAAGACAUCAAUAAUGAAACUUCUUUGUAGAAAAGAAAAGCAAAAAUUAGAAUGUUGCAAUAAAAUUUGAAUGCUGAACUAAAUUCAAAUAUGACUACAUGCUAAAAAUUAAAUGGAACUUCUGUUUUAUUUACUUCUUCAAGUUUUCAUUUAGUGCAUGUUGCUUCAAUCAAGUUUUUGUCUUUAACUAAAGAUUAAUCAAAUAAUUAUAUUUUUACUUUAGAAGAUUUUGCAAAUUAAUAAACAUUAUUUAAAUUUCUUCCUUGUCUUACAAUUUAAAAAUAAAGAGCUAAUAUUGUAAUGAAUAGAGAUACAAUAAAUUUAUGCAAUAUAGCUCUUAUUCAUAAUAGAAAAAGCUUUUUAUAUACAAACUUUUAAGGGUAAAAAAUUUAAGAAAAUAUUAAUAAUUUAAUUGACGAAGAAUAUUCCCAUGCCAGCAUAUAUGCAAAUUUAGAAAACGCAAGUAGAUGGGUAGUAAAUAUAUAUUCGAAUGAUGAAGCUGAAGAAAAUUCUCGUUUUUUAAACAUAGGAAGUGUAGUUUAGUUAAAUUUAUCUGAAAAAAAUGUAAAUAAAAUAAAAAGAAAACAAUAAAAAUAAAAAUAAAAAAGUAUUGUUUAUCAUGUAGUAGUAAAAAUGAAAAUAUAGAAAAUAUUUUAACGGAUUAUUAAGGAUAUUUAGAAAAAAAUGAUAUCUAAAAAUCUUAAACUAGUUUGUUCGCAAGCAACAUAAGAAAAUAAUAUUUUUUAAGACUUAGAGAAAAUAAAUCCGGAUUUAAAUUAAAUUUAAAAGAAAGAGUUUGAUUUAAAUAAUGAAUAAUUAACAAAUUUAAAACAUACUAUUAAUGAAAAAUACGAAGUUUUAUAUGAAUAAACUGUUUAUUCAUAAAAUUCUCCUAUAUAUAAGUAAAAUGUAGUCCCUAAUAUUAAAGCUUUAUGGAUUAUUGAAAGUACAAAUAUAUAUAAUGGAGGAUUACUCAAAUGGGAAAAUACUUUCCGAUUAAAACACUUUAUUACUGGUAAAUAUUUAUGCGUAAGAUAAGAUUAUUAAAAUUCAGAUAAUAAUUAUUUAGAUUUGACUUCAAGUGAUGAGAAAGGAUCUGUUUUUAAAUUUUUGCCUUUAAAAUAAACAGAAAAUAACAAAAAGUUUAUUACUAAAGAUAGCUUUUUUUAAAUUUAACAUUUUUAAUCAGAGUAAACUAUUUCUUAUAAAGAAAUUAAAGAUUGUAUUCAAACACGUUUAGAAAAAAAUAAUAAUAAUUACAAAAUUAAUAUUUUUAAAAUUAAAAAAACUAACUUUGAGGAUACUUGGGAAACUAAUUUUUUACUUUUCACUAUGCCUGUUAUUUUAAAUACGAUAAAAAUUAUUAAUCUUUUUGUAUUUUUUUUUUUUAAUUAUUUUAUAUAAUUUCAUUUUAGAAUUUCAAAACUCAAAGUUAGUAAUGGAAAUCAAGGCAUGUUUUUAGGCAAUAUUUAGAUAAAAUUAACAAUACUAUUCAUGGAUUAAAUAAUUUUGUUAAUAAUAAACUUGCUUCAUAUAUCGAUAUUCAUGAAGAGUUUGCCUCAGCAAGUGCCAUAAGAUAAAAUGUAGAUACAUUUAAUUAUUUAUUUUAAAUAUUAUUAAUUUUUUUGUUAAAAAGAAAAUAAGUUAAUUAGAGAAUAACAAAUUUUAGGAGCUCUUUGCUUACUUUUGUAAAAAAUAUAUCCAAAUAUUUAAGAUUUUUAAUAGUAUGCAUAUACAACCGAUUUAUAAAAAGAAUAUUUAAAUAUUUAUAAACAAAAUUAAUGGCCUAUUAAGCAUGAAUUUAAUUUGAACUAAGAAUAAGUUGAAGAAGAUGAUUAUAUUAAAUUAUAAUAAGAAUUUUUUGGUAAAAGAUAUGGAUUAUCAUAUAAUAUUUAUAUGCUUUUACAAUGUAUAUGUAAGGAAAAUACUUAAAAUUAAUAAUAUUUAUUAAAAUUUAUUUAUACUUUUAUACCUCAUAUUGGUUUUGGAAAAUUUGUUUGCGAUGCAUUAUCUAAUAUUUAUUUUAAAAAUAUAUAAAUUUUAUAAGAGAUACAAAAUAUUUAAUUAAAAUCACAAUAAAAUCAAUAAUAAUUAGCUGUAAAUACUGAAAAAAAAAGCAAUUUAUUAAAUGAAUUAAUACUUAAGUUUAACUAAUUUCCUAAUUUUGUAAAACCUGAAUUAAUUUAACUAUUAGCAGAUUGCUGUGUUUUAAAUAACGUCGCAUUAUAUUAACAUUAGAAAUACAUUUAUAAUAGAGUAAAUAUUAUAUCAAUAUAAAUAAAUCUAUUUUAAUAUUUUAAUUUAGGUUAUUUUAAGUCCUUAGAUAUAAAAAAUUUGUUUGAUGAAUGUAUAUUCUAAGAAAAAAGUUUGUAAUAAUAACUAAUAAAUAUUUGUAAAGAAGAAGAUAUACCUAUAUCGGAUUUUUUAUAGAAUAAAGAAAAGAAAAGAAGGAAAUCAUUAGUUUAAUAUUUAAAAAGUUAAUUAAAUUUAUUUACAAAUUUGUGUAAAAAUAGAAAUAACAUAGCAUGUUUUUUUAUUAGAGAUUAAUUUCCUUUAGAAGUUCUUUCGUAUUCAAUAAUAAAAUAAGACGAAAGUGACCCAGAAAUAUUAGCAAAAUUUUUAAAAAUAAUAUAAAACGUUUAUAUUGAUAUUUUUCCCAGAUAAGCACAUACCAAACCUAAUUUAAUAAAGAAACUUUUCACAGAAAGCGAAUAUAAUACUUAAUAAUAAAAAUUAAAUAAUGUUAUUAAUAAUGAAAGCUAUGAUAAUAAUAACUAAAGUGCUGAAGAAAUUGUAAAUAAUGGAGGAAAAAUAAAAAACUUUGCAGUAGUAUCAAAAGUAAUGAAAUAAAUAUCUAAGAUGACCUUAAAAACAGUGAAAAUGCCAGAUAAAGCAUUAGAUAAUACUUAAAUUAAUAUAAAUAAUGAUAUAAAUCAAGAAAUGAUAGAAAGAAAUCAUCUUAAUUAACUAAAAGAAUAUCUUAUUUAGUAUUUGGAAGAUAGAAAUACUUAAUUAUAAAAAAUAUUUUAAAAAAAUGAUGAUAAUAUAAAUGAUAGAGAUUAGAAAAAAAACAUUACGAAUUCAAUAUAUAACAAUUUUACUUUAGAAUGCAUUGAAAUUUUAUAAAUGAUGGUUUAAUUCGAACUUGUAGAUGAAAAAGAAAACCUAUAAAAAUUAAAUGGAAAAAAUGGAAAUAAUUAAGGGAUUUUGAAUAAGAUUUUUAUAUAAAAUAAUAAUAAUGGAAAUAUUAAUGAAAUAAAUAAAGAAAGACAUAACUCAGAGUUAGAAAGGAUAAUUAAAUGUCUCGUAAAUUUAUUAGAAUUUGAUGAAAAAUACUUUUAGGAAUUAUAAGGGUUGUAAAUUUUAAGAAAAUAUUAAGAAGUUUAACUUUUGUAAGAAAAUAAUUAAGGAUUAAAAAAUGUAUUAAGAUAAGGUAUUUAAAUAGGAAAAUUAAGCUAAUUAGGAGGAAAAUUAAUGGGAAAUAUGGUCGGAAAUAUGUUUAUGAACGAUAAUUAAUAAAAAUAAAAAAAGUAGGCUAAGAUUAUGACAAAUCUAGAUUCUUAGAAUGAACUUGUGUAAGAACCGAUUUUUAAGAAAGUUUAAGGAUUGAAAAAAAUACUUAUGAAAUAUACAAAUAAAACUUUCUCCAUAAGAGAAGAAAAUAAAGAAUUUGAGUGCGAAAAUUUAAUAAAAAUCUCUAUUUGCAAUUUCCUUUCGCAUUUAUUGGAUAUAAGAUAGGAUUUCUUUAUUGAUAAUGCUAUUUGCUAUUUUCAAUAGAAAUUCGCUAUGUAUAAAAAAGAAGAAGAUUACAAUAAAUUAGAUAAUGAUUUAAAAGAGAUUCUUCCUAAUAUAAUGACUGGAGUAGGGAAAGAAGUACAGAAAGAAUAAAUUAAAAACUAUACUUAAAAUAAAUUCUAUUUAAGGGGGUUUGAUGAAAUUUUAAGUAGGUCGUUUAUUGAAUGCUUACUUUUUUCUUUUUAUAUUGCUCAAAAUAGUGAUUUAGAAAAUUCUAUUAUUAAACUUAUUAAAAGAUGUGUGGAAAGAAAGGAAGAAUUUUUUAAUAAUAUUCUAUAGCUAGAAGUCAUUUUUACAUAAUAGGAUAAUUAUUUAUAUCAAGUCAUGAGCGAUUUUAUAAUAACUUUGAAAAAUCUAACUUAAGAAUCAUAAAUUUGGCUUAAUGUUGAUGAUUAUUUAAAUUAACCAAAAGAAUAAGAAUAAAUAAAUUAAGCUAUUAUUAAGUUAAUAAUCGGUUUAAAAACUAGAUAAAAUAUUUUUAAUCAUAUUGGGGGUAGAUAAUGUUUGAUUGAACUUAAUGAAAAAGUUCUUAAUGUUUUGGAAAAACAUAUGGAUGAUAUUUUUUUUGAUUUUAGUGAAAAUAAUUAUAAAAUUAAGCUUAUUAAAAUAAGUUUUUCUAUUAUGAUUUCUCUUUGUUAAAAUAAUAAAGAAAACUAAGAAGUUUUCUUUAAUAAAUAUUUUAGAUAUUUAUAAAAAUUUUAAAAAAUAAAUAUUGGAUAAAUUGAAUUUACAUAAGAAAUCUUGAAAUAUAAUUAUUUUUUAACUUUAAAUUUAACAAACAAAGAUCUUUCAUAUUAUCUUGAUAUGAUUAAAAUAAAUGGAAAACAUUACUAAUUUUUAGAAAUAUUUAAUGUUCUUUUGCUAAAAGAAACAGAAUCUUAAGAUUAAGAAUAAAUUCAAAAAGUAAUAAUUGAAUCAAUUUUAGAUUAUGGAAUUAGUCAUUUUUAUAAUGAAUAAAUUGAUAUCAAUAAAUAUAAAUCAAUAUUUUUAAUAGUAAAAUUUAAAUAUUCUUUUUUAUUUAAAAAAAUAAAUACAAAUAAAGGUGUUAGCAAAAACUUUAAAUAGUGA